AUUAUCAUUUUAUCAACUUGUCUGAUCAUUGUGAUCGGUAAACAGCAUGACAAUAUUGGUGUGAAAUUGGGAUUGCAGUCACAAAACAUUAAUCUAUUCCCCCCACACAGUGAUAUCUAAAGCGUAUUACUGGUUCAAGUUUACUGGGAGAGUUUUGUCUUUUCAAUCAUGGCUGACAGACAGCAGGUGAAAGUUGCACUUUGGUGCAUUCCAAGGUCUAGAUCUACAGUCCUCACCAAGUGUCUUUCAGCUAUAGAAGAUAUCGACAUAUAUUUCGAAUUGUACUCCGUCGCGGCACUGGUCGGUGGCUGUUUUGAGACGGCAACUGGUCGCAAACUUCCCCUGAAGCUUGAUGGGAAUGAAACCGCCUAUGAGGAGGCCAAAGACGUUUGGUUCAAGACAACCAACAUGAAGAUAUAUCCACGAAGAGUAUCAUGCCAUGAUAUUCAAGAGGAAGUCGAAACUACGAAAAGCAGGUUUGUCUUGAUGAAAGAAAUGUGCCAGUAUAAGGACUACGCCCAAGAUUAUCUUCCGCGUGACUUUCGAUACGUCUUCGUGACGAGGGAACCAACGAGAGCCUACGCGUCUUUUCGGAAGGUUCUGUUGACUACGGGACUAUUUGUCCCAGCGGACAAAAAGUUGGAUAUCAUCCGGGACGACCCGAGUAACACCAGGCCGAUGUCGUGGUACGAAAGUCAACACCAGCUUUGGAGGUACGUCAAGGACAACCUAGACCCCAACCCAAUCAUCAUCGAUGCAUAUGAUCUCGCCUCCAACCCUCAGAAGAUCUUGAAAGGCCUCUGUGAAGCGAUUGGUUUCCCAUACAACGACAGCCUUCUCCAGUGGGCCUCGAGCAUCGACGAUUUCCCCCAGAACUUUAACACAGCAGGACCAAACCUGUUCGAGGGCGUUGGGUCAGGUUUCUUCGAGAGGGCCUUUAAAUGUACCCAAUUUGAGGCACCAACUGAAUUGGUACCAAUACCACGUGAUCAGCUCGAUGAUGACGUCAUUCGUUGCGUUGACUAUUCGAUGCCAUUUUACCGGGAGCUAUACGCAAAUAGAUUACAAUAGGGCCUACCUGCCUGCAUGGGUGGGGAUUUAGAGGCAAUUAAUAGAUUCAAGCCUACCCCCCCCCCCCAUAAUUUUGACAACUUAAAAAAUUGUAUAAUAUGCAAUGCAAAUAAACGGAGUGCUUUUAAAGAGCACUGGAAAGCACUACACAGGGACUCGAUUUUAAGGCGCGCGAGAGCGAUCGCGCGCUACAUGCGCGCCUUAAUCCAUUUUAGGUAGCGCGAUUAAUAGCGCGCCUCGCGAUCGCUGAGCUGCGCGGAAAUGCCUAAAGUUGCCCUUGAAAUCACCCCAAAUCAUUGCCGAGUGAUAACAACUCAACGGCCCACUAACGCCAUAUGUUCGAGCUCCGCUUACCAUUUAAAAAUCAUCCAAUAUCCACACUCAAAAUCAUGAAUAAGCCUUGAAAAUAGCGAGGAGCGCAGUUUCAAAUUCCGAAGUUGCGUCUUUUUUUCUGUACCACGUAUUUCCAUACACAUGGUAUCAGGUAUGGGAAAAAAAAAUCAACGCAACGGUCGGGAAACAGGGGUCCAUUAUGACUACCACGCACCAUGUGCAAUUUCUAAUGCACAUGUUUCCCCUACAGAUAUCACAAUUUAGAGUUUAGUAACCUAGCAUUGGUGAGUUGUCAUUCGGCUUUGCUUUUCAAAACGGCCUAUUAACAUCCAAAAUAAGUUACCUCAUUUAUUAAUUAUAACUAAAAAAUCAUUUAUUUUCUUUUUCUAGGGGAUGAGGUAAAUAUCAGAAAAUAAAUCAUCAAACAAAGCUCCAUCUAUUUUACAAGGCCGGCGGCAGGCUCACGCACGAACGCAUUGGCGCAUGUAGCCAGUCGGAGCUCUGUCUCUCUGCCAGAGCUCUGGGGGACAAUUCGCUCAGUAAAGGCCUCAAUGAUGGUGAUUUUCUGUUUCAGACAGAGUUUACAUUUCAUGUAUAUUAUUCAAAACUGCCAAUAAAGUUUGAUGAUUUCUUCAUUGUCAUGUAUAUUUAAGUUCUUAAUGAAUACAUUCUCACCGAAUUUAGACUCCCCCAUAGAGAAAUGCAAUUUUCGUGGAGAUCUGCGUUUUCAAAGAACUUCAGGAAAAGUUAGGGUAUGUGGGCCUUUAUUACAUGUACAUGGCUGAGUACAAGGUAUUGUACUGGAAUAGACGGAGUAGAAAUUAGAUAUUGAAUUCAUUUAUAUCCAAGUCCAACUCACAGUCACACACACACGCACAGUGCCCCACACACCCACACACACCCACAUCCAAGAUUCUAAGCAUGAAAAAAUAACUUUAAAAAUCAUACAAUAUUUAACAAAAAGUAAUAAUUCAUUAAUAAGUGAACAGGUAUUCCUGAAAAUACAAAAAAGUAGCAUUUAAAAAGAGCCCCCAAAAUGCAAAAUUAGCCCCAAAAUUUGACAAAAAAAUUAAAAUGGAGCCCCCGAAAAAAAAAAUUGUCAGUGACUUAACUUCUAGCCAAAGUCAAAACCUCACUCAAACAGGUUUUACAAUCUAAUUACAAUACAUUGUAAUAGUUGAUUGUAAAACAAUUAUAAAUAUUGCAUAUUCGAUUGUUUCCUUCCUUUGGUUGUUGAUUGUAACUUAGUACAUACAUGUAUAUUUCCUCCAUCUGUUUUGUUAAUUGGACAAAAAGCUCCCCUUGUAAUUGUAUGUUGAAGAAGAGCUUUUUGCAGUGCUCCUCUACCGCUCUCCUUAAAAGUUCUAGGAGAGCUUUUUAUUGCUCCCCUCAUGAUUAUAAAACUGAGUCCCUGACUACAACUAUUACUAAUAUUUACAGAAAGUUUUAGACAUUCUCUGCUUUCACUUUAAUUUGUAUCGGAAACACGGAUCGACUCCCCUGGGAAGACCAAUAUACCUAUGAAUGAAAUAUUCAACUAUACAUGUUUCCUCGAUGUUGACCCCUUAUAUUCUAUGCAAGAGCAGCAUUUUAUGUUGGUUUUCUUUGAAUUCGCUUUGCGAUAAAAAUAAUAAUAUACAAAAUUUAUAAAGCGCUUUAUACGAAAGUUUCAAAGCGCUAAGAAAGAAGGGGGGGGGGGGAGAAUAUGAGUUCAAGAUAUCUCAGUAAAAGAACAACAAAGAAACUGAAAGUGAAAACACCAUUACG